GGCGAUGGUGUUUGGCGCCAUUCGAGUACAGUAAACUUCUUCCGAAAAGGGGGGAAAAUAGGAAGAAAGAAGUAAACGAAAAUUUCGCAUUUUCGACGCUGCCUUGGUUUGCUCUGAUGAAUUGCCUAAUAACGAAACUACUGAAAUAAUGGAUAAGAUUUUUGGAUCGCUGAAAAGUUUACUUAAACUCAAUACUGUUGUUAUUGAGAGCCAUGUAUUCAGGCUUCACUAUCGAGCUACUGUCAUCGUACUGCUCGCUUUUAGCAUCCUCGUGACGUCACGCCAGUAUAUUGGAGACCCCAUUGAUUGUAUAUCGAGAGACGAUAUACCGAGUAAACUUUUAGAUAACUUUUGCUGGAUCCACUCCACUUUUAGCGUCGAUAGUGCUUGGCAUAAAAAAGUAGGAGAGGAAGUUCCAUACCCUGGUGUUGACAAGUACACUCCCGGAGAAAAUCGGAAGUACCACGCUUACUAUCAAUGGGUAUGUUUCGUGCUUUUCUUGCAAGCUAUGCUUUUCUAUAUACCCCGAUAUUUUUGGAAAAUGAUGGAAGGUGGGAAAAUGCGUCACAUUAUUCUAGGUCUCAACAAUCCUAUCAUGAGCCAAGAAAAAAAAGAUGAAAAUCGAAAAAUCCUGGUCGACUACCUUUACGAAAACAUGGGUAACCACAAAUUCUAUGCCCUUUGGUACUUCAUUUGUGAAUCGGCUAAUUUCAUUAAUGUUGUUGGUCAGAUGUAUCUAAUUGAUGCUUUCCUUGGAGGAGAAUUUUCAUCUUAUGGUACCAAGGUCAUCAGCUUCACCGGCUGGGACUGGGCUGUACGCUAUGACCCCAUGAUCAAAGUUUUCCCACGGCUCACAAAAUGUACUUUCCACAGAUAUGGUUCAUCUGGAGAUGUCCAGCGUCAUGAUGCUAUGUGCAUUCUUCCAAUCAAUAUCAUCAAUGAAAAGAUCUACAUCUUCCUAUGGUUUUGGUUCAUUAUUUUAGCUGUUCUGUCGGCUUUGAUCGUGGCUUUCCACAUUGUUGUGUUCUUUUGGCCACAAUCCCGCUUCCUGCUGCUGAGAUCCCGCGCACGUCUUACUCGACCGGAUUAUCUGGACAUAGUCGUUCGUAAGUGUUCCCACAGCGAUUGGUUUGUAUUGUAUCUUCUUUACAAGAAUAUCGACGGCCUUAAUUAUAGAGAUCUUAUAGCCGACUUUGCUCGUAAAUUGGAUCGAAAAGGUAUUGACAUGAGUUGAUUUAUUUACAUUGUCUCAUUAAGCCUAACGUGGCUACAUGGCUGUUUAUGUUCGGGAAAGGGGUGAUCCCUAUUGCAUUGCCAAAAUAUGCAUCUUUUAAUGUAUGCUCGUUUUUUUUUUUUUUUUUUUUGCUUUGAUUUAUGUGCUUAUGUGACUGAUUUAAAUGACCAUGUUUAUCUUUUAUUUUGUAUUUUAUUUACCUAAUGCCAUUCUCAGACGUUUGAUAUUUAUCUCUUCUAAAACAUUUCAAGAGCUAAGUAUUAAGGCAAAAGCAUUCCAUUUUUAACAAUCAGGAAAUCUAUCUAUACUGCCAAGUGUAUAUUUUUAUAUAAGCGACUUAAUCUUUUAUAGCACAGUUGCUGCUUUAAGGUUUGACAAUUUAACAAUACAACAAUUUUUGGAUAUUUAAAAAUUAUAUAUGUAAUGAUUUGGCUUGAAUUUCAUCCCUCAAAGUAGCACCUGUGCUUCAUCAAGAGUUUGAAUUUUUCAUAUGUUAAUAACUAUGUAAGCAAUAUUAAUGUGCCUGAGGGUUAAUUUAUACCCCAUUUUUUUAAACUAUAGUGUUAUCUUGAAUAGAAUUCAGUGCAUUGUUGAAAAUUUUGGAUAUUUACUUUUAUAAUACAUCCGACAAUUCUGUGCAGAAUAUAUUUUUGUAUUUCAUAUGUACAAUAAGUGUAUUAUGUAACAUUCGACAUAAAUUCCAUUUUAGUUUUGAUUCAUUGAUUAGUCUGGUGUGUAAUGAAAUGUCUUGAGUAACUUUUUGAUAUCAACCUAUUUGUAGUAUUUAGAAUGUUUUCUGUAAUAUCAGUUUUAAAGUGUGUACUUAAGUGUCCAUUAAUUUUUUUAAGCUUGACAAUCAUGUGUAAUAAAAUUUCACAUUGAUGUGAUUUCCAGAAGACUUAACCAAAUAUUUAUUAUUUUUAUAUCAGUAGUGAAUUUUUCAAAAAUUGAUCUCUUUGAAGUUGUUCCUAAUUUUUUUCAGUCUUUUAUUUAUUUUAGUAUAUGUAUCUUGCAGUAGACUUUGAGCUGACUGAAUUGAAAAAUAUAGAAUAGAUUGGAUGUUGGUUGGCUUCAAUUUUUAAUCGAAUGUGUUCAUUAAUUGUGAUAACAUUUUAUGUGUGAAAUGCUCAUUCUUUAUGAAGAAAUAUAGCUUAUUCUGUAUAAGAAAUCAGUAUUCGUCAAGUGUAAGUAAUAUUUAUGCAUAAUUACAAUAAACACUCUCUAUGUGUCUUAAAAAAUAAAUAUUGGUGCUACAUUUAUCUGAAA